AUGUACGGCGACCGUCAUCAUGUCGAUUUAACUAACCGAGAUGAUGGUAAGUGGUUACGCUUUGCGACCGAAGAAGUUGGAGAGCAAGACGACACGACCAGCAUCUCGAGUGACGACGCAUGGAUAUGGAAAGCAUCCAUGAGUCUAGCCAGAGCGUCGAACUUGACAACUCGGGGGGGGGCAGAGACUACUGUCAGUGCUACGGUUGCGUACGAAGCCUUUAUGGCUGAUAAGGAUCGGUCGGCAGACGUCGAUCCGAGGGACGAGGGCAAAGAUAACGAUAACCAGGACGUUGGUGAGAAUCACCAGGAUAUGAGUGACCAGGCGGAUGAUUGUCAUGAUGAUGACGAGUCAUCUCGGUUAAUUUUGGAUCGGAGGUGGAUCCAGCAGACGAAGCAGGGCCGAGAAGCCAAUGAUCAUACGGAAAACGGCUGGAGCCAGGACUCGCCCGACGGUGACAAAGCCGGUGCUUGGUCGAAACCGAUUGCCACGAAACGAUCCGUGCUUGAGAAGGUCGUUCUGCCAGAAGUCUUGCGAAAGCGAGUGGAACGAGACGACACCCCGUCAGAAGCUAAGAAGAACCAGCAUGGAGAUCAAAUGAAAGAACGUCGCACAAGCUUACGUCAAAGGACGCGCCGACCGGCUCGAUUUGAUGACUUUGUGCGACGAAAAUAUGGGGUCGUGCUGGUAGACCGAUUGAUGCCAAGAACAUCAAGCUAUGAGGUUUAA